AUUUACAAAUGCUAAAACUGCAACCAGACUCUUAACUAUGCGAGUUUUAUGUUUUGGUAUAUUUUCCGAUGUAAAAAAGGAAAUUUAGCAAAUCGUGUUGCGGUCACGCUGUGCAGUAGUUCGGCGUGUAAAUCUAAAAUGUAAAUAUUCGCCGUCUGCGCCGAAACAGUGGAAUAAAUAUCAUAUUAAAUAAUCAGUCGCUGGUUAAGAGAAAUUCUAAAAAAUAUUGUUUAUACCGCAUUCGCGUUCGCUACAAUAAUCGGGAGUGUUUUGCGGCCUAAAUUUGAAAAGGCAGGGAGCAACAGCAACAAAGCAACAAGCGAUGUGGAAUGCAAGCAAAGCAAGGCAAAUGCAAACAAUUGAAUAAGCACUGCUGACUUGUCUCCUCUGCUCCGCUCCGCACAGCGUUGCUGCUCUGCUGGCGCUGCGGUGACGUCCUUCGCGUUUAGUUAAACACCAAUUUGAAGUUUGGUGCAAUUCGCACGCGGUCGCAGUUUGUGACUAUUAUUGCAAGCAGCUGGUGGCAGCCACAGCAACGGCGGCGGCCUCAGAGACUGACGACGUGGGGCUGUGGGGGCUUUGCAUUUACUUUGAUCGUGCUCGAGUGUGAACGCGUCUCUGUAUGUGUUAUUGUACGUGAGUCCGUGUGCGUGAGUGAGUGUGUGUGCGUGUGCAGAGACCACCGCAAUGACCAUGAAGCGACGCGUUGCUCUCAAUUCUGUGGAUGUUUACAAUAAAUUCCUAAAAAUGUUUCAAUUGUAUAUUCGCAAUGCGAAAUAAACCGAACACAACAACAACAGCAGCAGCAGCAUGACAACAGCAAUAAUAAUACUGAAAGUCAACAACAAUAACUAAAAUACAACUGCAGUCUCAACAAUAAAUAAAUAAAAAACAACAGCAAUAUCAAAUUGUUCUAAUUUCAAAAGCUCAACUAGACAACUGCAAAAACAACAACUGCAAAAGCAAUAACAACAAGAACAGCAGCAACUACAAUCACAACAACAACAACAGCAGCAGCUACAACAUCGAAAGAAACAGCUGAAAAUACGAAAAUACUUAACAAGCACACGCAGUCUCGCAUUAAUUCGAUAUUCCAUUUGUGCUCUUAAGCUUUUAAAGCUAAAAUUAAACGAAAUAACAAGAAAGAAGAAAUCAUCGAAGCAAGCAAAUCAAAAGAAAGCCCUAAAAGCCAAACAAGCCAAGUGCCUCUCCUCUUCCCCACGUUCUCUCUCAUGUUCUCUUUCUUGCUCACUCAGACGCCUAAUGUGUUUAUGUGAAUUUAAGCCGCUCUUUGACGUCACUCGUUGCCGUAACCGUCGUCGUCGUUGUUGUUGCUGGCGGCGCCGUCUUCGCCUCUUCGCGGUUUGCGCUUAAGUCUCCCUCCCUUCCUCUCUUUAACCGCGUGAAGGCUCCACUUUUAAUCACUUCGCGCGCAUCUUCUUAAAUGCGUUUCGUGUCGAGCUUUUUUCGUAUCGUCGUUGGUGUUGUUGUUAUUUCGUGCGCUCUCGUUUCACUGCUCCGAGAAGACGCGUGACUUUGAUUUUUUGAGUCUACACACACAUAUAUGCACAUCACAUGUAUGCAUGCUCGCUUGCAUGUGUGUGUAGCAGCAGCGAUUCAUUUGGUUCUGGAUCGCGAUCUGGAUCGGGAUUAUUCAACUGCACAGAGAGCUGAAUAUUAUGGAAAAGGCGAAAGCGUACAUUAAAAAUGAGCUCCGUGGAGGCAGCGCGCCCCUGCAAUCGGAGCCCACUUCAACGCCGUCUCCAGUGCCGCAGAUGUCGUCAAUGGUGGGCGCUGGAGCAGAGCUGAUGCCAUCGCCACUGGGUGGCUACCAUCCGCAUGGGCAUCCGUACUAUGCGGCGCCUCCGAUGAAGUCCGCCGCUGGACGUGCCUCGGCACCGCCCGAGCAUAUGAUUGCUCCCUCCGUUUGCUUUGUAUGCGGUGGCUAUGGCAGCUAUGAGGCGCUGCGCGUGCGUGCGAAUGCCGAGCGACCCUCUGAGCCGUACUUUCCGUUUCUGGAGCGGCACGAGCCACCGCAUGGCGUGCCCGCUGUGGCGCCCCAUCAGCUAUAUGUGAUGGCCUGCACGCUGUGCUUUCGCUCGCUGCACGAGCAAUGGGAAGCGUAUGAGCGGCAGAAGAAGCCGCUGCUGCAGCGCAUUUAUCACAUGAAGCGGGUGGAUGGCAAGGGAUACAUUGGCGCCGAUGUGGCCACCCAGAGCGAGUAUGCUGCCCAGAUGCUAGGACUAAGUGCGGAGCACUUGAGUCAGAACGGUUUGGCAGAGUUGCACAAUGCUGCCGCUGCUCCGCCCAUGGAUUCCUAUGCCCUAAGCAGACACUACGCCUCAGGAACACCACAGCAGCAGCAACAGCAUCAUCAGAGUACCUCAAGGAAUGCCUCGCCCGAUUACUAUCCGCGCAAUGCUGCCACGCCCAACAGUCACAGCCAGCCGGGACACAGCAAUCACAAAUACCUGAGUCGUCCCCAGUCACGGGACAUGCAGUUACCAUCACCGUUGUCACGUCCGCCCAGCGAGCCGCCGGCACGUCUGGCACCCAGUUCCAGUUCUAGUUUUGCCCAGCACAAGUUUAAGUUGAAUCAACACAGCUAUCAAGCAGCUGCACCUCAGCCAGCUCAAUCCCAGUCGCAAGUGCAGCAUCCACAGUCAACGGCGCUUUAUCAGCCGGCACAGUAUCAGCAGCUGCAGCAACAGACCGCCGCCUAUCACAUGCUGCAGCAGGUGGCAGCUGGUGAAUCCUCGUCAGCUCACUACAAGGGUAAUCCGUAUAGUGCUCUGCCUCCCGGUGGCAAUGCGCUGCCCUUGAGCACACAACCGCCCAGUCUGGAGGAUGAUAAUGCCACAGUUUUGGAUCUACGUAAUUCGUCCACUGCCAACUCAACGCCCGUGGCCACGCCCACGCCUGUGGCCACGCCCUCGUCAUCGUCGACGGAAGUCGGUAUUCUCGACUUGUCCAUGCCCGACAAGAACUCCAUCACCGAGGUGUGUUACGUCUGCGGCGAUGAGCAGCGUCGCGGCAGCCUCGUCGAGCUGAGCACCGUCAAGCCGAAGGAGUCGCGUCUUGGCCAAGCUGUCGCCUAUUUUCCGCUCUUCAACGAACAGCAUCCGCGUCCGCCGCGUUCACGUCCAAAGGAUCCGCGUGGCAUGAUCCAGGCCUGCUUGCCCUGUCAUGAUGAUCUCAUGCAGCAGUGGAAUGCCCAUCAGGCCGCUCACACGCCUGAAUCGGUUCGCUCAUAUUUGCUGAGGAAGCGAACGACGCCGACAACAACAACAACAACAACGGAGCGCACGACCUUUGUGUGCUACACGUGUGGCACGGACACGCCCUCGUCGCAGCUGCGACUCGUUUACUGCUGCCCCAAUGCUGAGCGAGAGCCCUACUAUCCCUACAUCAAAACGAUGAAGGCCUACAAGAACGCUAGUCCAAUUAGUCCUCAAGGCAUGGUGCAAAUCUGUGCGGGCUGCAACGAGAAGCACGUCAACCUGGCGGAGGGAGGUCCGCCGCCAGUGGUCGCAGCUGCACCCACAGCUGUGGCAGCGAUAUCGUCGGAGCCUGGCAUGACGCACUCCUUGGAGUCGAGUGCAGCGAUGUACAGCACAAGUGGCCACUUGGUGUCCAGCGGUGGCAACAGUCACAUGAUGACAUCGGCAUUCGUUGGUCACAAUUCGCCGUCGGAAAAGUCGCUCGCCAAUUCGGAUUCCACCAGCAAUGUGCGCUUUAAGCCGUACGAGACGAACUCAAACAACUCAAAUUCUAACACGGCACGCGACUUGAAGCAGAUACGACGCAGUGACUCCAGGCCAAGUUCGCCCAGCUUAACCCAGGGACACAUCGAAAAUGGCCACGCUCAAUAUCCCUGCUCCAUUUGCAAAGUGCUGUGCUCAUCCAACAAAAUGGAUUGGCUCUCGACCAGUGCGGAGCACAUGAACUCGCAUGCCAUGCACUUUCCCUGCCUCAAGGCCAAUGUCAGCAGUAACGGGCUUAGCAAUAGCAACAACAACAGCAUCAACAACAACAAUAAUAAUAAUAAUAACAACAAUAACAAUAACAACAACGAACUGAACAAUAAUCGUGUGCUCGCCUGCAAGGAUUGCAUUAACUACUUAACCAGCCAGUGGGAGUCAAUGGAUGCGGAGCGUGUGCCGCUCGAGCACAGAAGAUACAACAUUCCCUCGCCCAUGAUGACAUCCAGCUCACCAAAUGGAUCUCGACAUGGCGCCAUGAGUACCUGCACACCGCCCUCAACGCCCUCGGUCAGCUCAUCAACGCCAGCCAGCACUUCAAUCUAUUGUUUCCUCUGUGGACUUCACUCGGACCUAACGCUUGCCAGAAUACUUUAUGGCAGCAAAGAGGGAUCUCGGCCUUACUUUCCGCUGCUGCUGAAGCACAACUCGCUGCCAAACGCUGAACAGCUGAGAAACAAUUCGGCUCUAGUCUGCACCUUCUGUUACCAUUCCAUGUUGAAUCAGUGGCGCAAAUAUGAGGCACAGAGUCCGAGCAUUAGUCCGGCGGAAAGGAAAUACAAUUGGCACGAUUACAACUGCCAUCUGUGCGGCAUUACGACUUACAGGAAACGGGUGCGAGCAUUGCCAGUGAAUGAGUUUCCGUUUGUGAAGCAUCAGAAGAGCGACGAUGGUCUGCUGCUUGAGAACGGUGAAUAUGCCGUCGUGUGUCUGGACUGCUAUGAGAGCUUGAGACAACAGGCCUCGCAGCACGAUCGCUUCGGGGUGCCCAUCUCUAGGCGGGCCUACAAUUGGGUGCCCCAACCGCCGCCGCCCGAGGACAGUCCCGAUGUCGCAGUGGCGCGACUUCCCUGCGGCGAAAGAUCUGAUCGUAUUCUUAUGAGCAACGCUCUGAGGCCCAUUCCAAGCAAGAAGACAACGUCGCCCAAGCACUAUGACAAGUCGAAAGAAGUGCCGCCCAAGGCUGGACAGAAGCGACCAGCGACGAGCCCAGCUCCGCAUAUACCUGUGCCGCAUCACCUGCAGACGCCGCCCAACUCUGGCAGUAUUCCCGGUGCCUCGGUUGCCAAUAGUCCAGCAGCGCCGCCGACGUCCUCCAGCGGACUGCUGAAUCACGCCCUGCCCACCAACCACAUUGGCGCCCAGUCGCCGCAACAGCAACAACAGCAGCAGCAGCAGCAACAGCAUCAGGCGCAUCAGCAGGCUGUGGCCGCGGCUGUGCAGCAACAGUUAGCGGGCGUAGGCGUCGGAGUGGGCGUGCCUCCGGGUGCUAUCAAUGCUGCCACAGCGGCCAGUGCACGCGGCUCCUUUGCGGCCGCGUUGCGCACACUGGCCAAGCAGGCGGACAUCAAGGAGGAGGAUGAUGGUGGGGUCAGCGUGUCCAGAGAUCGCAGUGUGCCCACAUCAGUGGCCGCUGGACCGCCAAGCAAUGCCGGACCUGUACCUGUGCCACUCAAUUCGGUGGCCGGACGCGGCGUUGUGUCGUCCGGUGGCGUCUCAGUGGAAGAUCGCUCGGCGGCCGCCAAUAAGAAACGUUCGCCGCCAUCGCCACAGCCGCCGGAAAAGAUUGCACGACUCAGUCACACGCCACAGACGGCAGCGUUGCAACCGGAGCUGCUGGCGCGCAGUGGCUUCCAGCCGUACAGAUCCGAUGAGCGACUCAUGCAUCCGGCGGGCGCAUUUCCCUUGGAGGCAUAUUCACACUUUGCCGGUCUGUCCGGCAUUCCACCAGCAUUUCUGAAUCCGGCGGCAGGCUUGCCCUAUUCGGAUCCCCUGUACUUGGAGCACCGCUAUCAGCUGUUCCGCGCCGCCGGCGGACACCAUUCGCAUCCGCAUGCAGCGGCGCUGUAUCCACAGAUGGCGCCACCGUACUCGCAUCUGUACUCCAUGUUGCCCGGAGCAGCGCUGGGCAUCUCGCCGGCCAUGCACGAUCGCAUCAAGCUGGAGGAGGAGCACAGAGCGCGUCUGGCACGCGAAGAGGAACGCGAGCGCGAGAUGCAGCGUGAGAAGGAACGCGAGCUGCGCGAACAGCGCGAGAAGGAGCAACGCGAACGGGAACGUGAACAGCGCGAACGUGAGCGCGAGCAGCGUGAGAAGGAGCAGCGUGAGAAGGAGCAGAAGGAGAAGGAGGCACGCGAGCGCAAGAUGCGCGAAGAAGAGCGCGAGGCACGCGAACGUGAGCGUCAGCAGCUGUUGAAUGCGACGCAUCAUUACUCCAACCAGCUGUACUCGCCGCUGAAUCGGAACCUGCUCGGCUCCAUGAUGCCGCACAUCAAUUUGGGCCUGCGUGGUCCGCCCGCCGGACUCCACGGGCUGCCCGGGAUGACGCACUACCAUGCGGCGGCGGCGAAUGCUCAGCGACAGAGUCCCAUGGGUCUCAAUCUGGGCAUGCCUGGCAUGCCGCCGCUGCCCGGACACGGACCCAGCAAUCUACAUCAUCUGCAGCAGGCGAUGGGCUUGGCGGCGCAUCCCGCUGCCGCUGGGCUGCCGCAUCCGAGCUUCUCGGCCCUGGGACUAGGCCCGCAUCCGCAUAGCCUCAAUCUGAGCCAUGCGCAUCUAUCGCCGCAUCAUGCGGUGCAUCAGCUGCCGCCGCACACUGUGGCCAGCUCCUCAGCUGGUCCCAGUCCUGGUGUGGCCAGCAGCACGGCAGCAGCCACGUCGGCGUCGCCGCACAGCAGCCUCAAUUUGACGGUGGCCACCAGCAGCAUGGCCCAGACAACGUCGACGCCGACGCCCAGUUCGCACAUUCCGACCAUGAGCCACUACUAUCACCACAAUCUGGCCGCCAUGCAUGCGGCUGCCGCUGUGGCCAGCGGCCUCAAUCCCGUCGCUGCCCAUCAGCAGCCGAUCAGUGCGGCUGCGCAUCCCACAUCGCCGAAGAUCACGCCGCCACUUGGCUCGGCGCCCAAUGGCGGAUCCCGUGCCGCCAGCAGUCCGCAUGCGAUGCGCCAUCACAUUGCUGCCGCAGUGGCCGCUGCCGCACAGCAGCAACAGCAGCAGCAAUCGGUGCUGAUGGAGAAGAGCAGCGGUGUCGCCACAACGACGCCAGUGACUCAUGAACCGACCACGCUCGAUUUGACCGGCUCCAAUUCGAACUCUAGCAAUCAGGCACAGUCGAUUGUGAGCAACAGCACAUCGGCUGCCCAUGAGUUGAACGGCAUCGAGUCGAAUGGUCCCACGGAUGGCAAGGAGACGGGUGUACCUCAGGGUGCGCCUGUCAAGGAGGAUGCACUGCAGCGUGGCACGCCGCCAGUGGCGCUGAAGAAGCCGGCAACACCCAAUGCCGGUGGCAGCCAGGAGAAGACACUGUUGCCAGACAGCUCGCCGGAAAAUUCGUCGAGGCGCAGCACAAGUCCACCCAACUCGGACAACAACAACAGCAGCAGCAACGCCAACAUCAACAUCAUCAACAACAACAACAAUAACAACUCGAGCAGUGCAAGCAACGUUGGAACUGCAGCCAGUGCAGCCGCACAAGGUAAUAGCCCUGGUGGAGCAGAGCUCUGUCCAAAGAUUCUAGCCGCAUGCACUCCGCCUGGGAGUAAGGGAGGCGAGAUCGCCGACAAGUCACCAGAGCAGCAGGAGCAGUUGCACUCGCAAUCGCAGCGAGUCAAACUAUCGCCUGAUAACGUCGUGACUGGCGGCAGCGCCGUCACAUCGACCACGAGUGGCAGCCACUCCCCGCCAGUGGUGAGCAGCAGCACCAACAAUGGAAGCAGCAACAACAGUUCGACUCUUGCGACAACUGCUCCGCCUGCCGAUGCCGAGGUGACCACGAGUGCCACGCCCAUUGCCGAGACAUCCAGAUGAUCGAUCGCGCACACUUCGUACAGAAUACAGAAUACAGAAUAGUUUAGUCGGGCACUCGGAUGUGGGGAUCGUAGUUAGUAAUGCGCGUAAUCGGAACUAGUUAACAUCUACCUUCAACUUAGCCGUUAAUCCAAAUGCCUAUUUAUAAAUCAUUAACUUUAAAUGAAUACUUAUUAAUUGUAGCGUAUUCAUUAACCGAGUAUACAAUAAUUUGUAACGUAUUGCAUCAUCCUCAUCGUCUAGUUUAGACACAAAUGCAUAAUAUUAUUAUUAAUUUUACUAUUACAAUUUAUUAUUAUCAUUAUUAUUAUUAUGAUUUCGCCCUUUAUUUAAUUGUGAAGAGUUAACUCUAGCGUUGCCUAAAUAAAUCAUUUUGU